CUGCUUCCAGCUCCGGAAGAACCCCCCAAAACCGCAGCCUUUCCUUUCCUCUCCGUUCCCCACCCCGACGCGUUAAACUCUCCCCUGAGAAGAGAUUCCCCUCUCCGUCCUCUGAGCUCCGAAGCAGCCAUGUCCGUCGCGCGGGUUCUCGCCCUGUUCCUAGUCUCCGCCGCGGUUGUCUCGUCGCCGGUGCGCGCGGCGUCGGCCGGGGGCGCGUGCACGGCGGACAAGUUCUCCAACAACAGGGUGUACGCGGCGUGCGCGGACCUACCGACCCUGGGCGCGUCCGUGCACUGGACCUACGACGCCGCGGCCUCGUCCCUCUCCGUCGCCUUCCUCGCGACCCCGCCCUCCGCCGGCGGCUGGGUCGCCUGGGGCCUCAACCCGACCGGCCAGGGCAUGAGCGGCACGCAGGCGCUCGUCGCCGCGCCCACGGCCGCCUCCGGCGGCGCGUACGGCGUCCAGACCUACGACAUCUCCGGAUACUCGCUCGGCUCCCCCGGGCCCAUCGCGUACAAGACCUCGGGCCUGGCCGCCGAGGCCGGCGCCGACGGCCGCGUCCGGAUGUUCGGCACGCUCGUGCUCGGGAACAGCACCGGGCAGGAGGUCAACCAGGUCUGGCAGGUCGGGUCCGUCUCCGGCGGGAGCAUCGGCGUCCACGCCAUGGCCGCCGCCAACACCGGCGCCAAGGGGAAGCUCAACCUCGUUACCGGGGCCAGCACCGCCAGCGGCGGUGGGGGCAGCGUCCUCAGGAAGAAAAAUACACACGGAAUCCUGAAUGCUGUGAGCUGGGGGAUUCUACUGCCCAUGGGGGCCAUAGUUGCUAGAUAUAUCAAGACAUUCAAGUCAGCGGAUCCUGCUUGGUUCUACGUCCAUGUAGCUUGCCAGCUGAUUGGGUAUGGCGUUGGCGUGGCUGGCUGGGCCACUGGUAUUCACCUAGGAAAUUUGUCCAAGGGGAUCACCUACUCGCUCCACAGGAACAUUGGCAUCGCAGUGUUUGCUCUUGGCACCCUUCAGAUCUUUGCGCUGUUCUUGAGGCCCAAGAAGGAGCACAAGUUGCGGGUGUACUGGAACGUGUACCACCACUCGGUGGGCUACACGAUCCUCAUCCUGGGCAUCGUCAACAUCUUCAAGGGCAUGAACAUCCUGAGCGUGGAGCAGAAGUGGAAGACGGCGUACAUCAUCGCCAUCGGCAUCCUCGGCGGCAUCGCCGUGGUCCUGGAGGUGAUCACCUGGAGCAUCGUCCUGAAGAGGAGGAAGACGGAGCAGGACAAGGCCUACAACGGCGGCGCCUCCAACGGCCACUUGCCGCUCUCCAUGUGAUUCGUCUCAACUCUUCACUGAUUCCUCUUGAGCUGCGUGUGUGUGUGUGUGUAUGUGUGCAUUGGGCAGAAAUAUGUAGGUUACAUUAGGGGGUUUGUGAUCUUGCAUCUUCUUCUCUCUCAUUUUUUUGUAUGAAUCACAUAGAUAUGUGUAUACUGCUGCACAUUAUACUAUAUACCUGAGAUGAGAUGGGAGAGAUGCUGAUCGGUUGAUGCUAUACGGUCUUGUGUCUCUUGAGUGUGCA